GAUGAUUCAGAAAUAUUACAUAUAUGGAAUCGCCCAAAAGAUGAAUACUCGAAGCGAAAAUCAACGCCGCAAGUUGCUUUGGUUGAGGGAGGGAAGCGGAUAUUCAGAGUUAGGUUCAUUUGGAAUAGUGUCUUCUGGUAUAUCACUGGACUCUGGAUUUUCAUGCUCGAUAUUAGUAAACCUGGAACAUUAGGAUGCCAUGUUGGAUAUCCGGUUAAUGUAGAGUUUGCCGCAAUGAGCAGUUCAAAUUUCUCUAGUCCGAUAAAUGACAAUAAAAUAGUAGUCAGAGCUAAGAAUGAUGCUAUAACAGCUAUUGCGG